GAAGACUACUUUCAUAGGAAUGGAAGGAGAUGAAGUGGAGAAAAGGAACAAUUCUAGUGGGUCAGGUCCAGGUAGAAGAAGUUUAGCGAGUGCUGUUUCAACAGAGAGCGGUAUACACAUGGGUAGUGACCAUGACACCAUCACCCUUAAUACUGCUGGGGGAGACCAGCUGAUAAUGCAGACAAAGAAGCUGACUAAGAUGAUAAAGAACGUGAGAAGGUCUCACUCUUAUAACGUGUGUGAUGCUAACAAGACCAACCUCAAACACAGGAGGGCAGUGCGACCCAAGAGUUUAGUCCAUGGUUGGGAAGAGUCCUCAAUCUCAGUGGAGGAGUUAUACUUGUGGCAGAGUCAACUGAAGCAGCUCCAUCUCUUGAACAAGCAGACUAGUGAUCUUCACAUCGCUAAAUCUAAAGCUAUGACUAAGGUACCCAAGAAAGAGAGUCUGCGAGAGAAAGCUAAGACCCUUAUCAGGGGUCUGAAGACGAAGAGGGCUCUGAAGAACAAGGGGAGUAUGUCAAGUUCCUGUACUGAGGAUGAUCCUGACAGCACCUCUAGUUCCCUUGACAGGUCCGGGGCUUCCAUCACGCAGAACAUCAGUUGGACUAGUAAAGAUGCGUCUGAUUUACUCCGCAUACUCAAGGUGUUUGCAGGUCCCGGUCUACACACUAAUAGUAACGCAGAGUACAGAUCUGUUCUAGCUACUAUUGACUCUACAGUUCUAGAGAUAAAGAAACAGAGUAUAAGCAAGUAUGGUUUUGUAGACAUUAAUCCAAUGAGUUACACGUUGAUCUGCUCUACUGGAUUCUACACAGACAGCAAGGGAAACGACAUAUCCACCCUAUCUGAGGGGUUUGGAAGCAAGAGCGAGUGUUGGAAGGAGGUGCAUGCAGAACACCUGACUGACACUUCCCGUCCUCUAGACUUGCAGACCAUCAGCGAGGAGAUGGAGAGUACACGGUUAGAACUAAGAUACAAGACUCCAUCCUCCUCUGACUCCACCCCCUCUCCUACUUCACCCGCCUCUCCCAUGGAUAGCAAACAGGAGACGAUAAAGCAGGAGACGAUAAAGCAAGCUACAGGACUACACCACCACCCGGACAAGCCUUUCUUGAUACUCAUUCAGGCGUUUGACAGAGAGUUAGAUCACGUGAUUUACCCGUUAUCAGAGGGAGAAACACGGUUCAUAUCUCUGGGCACUCCACCCCAACCAUCCUACACUGGGAGCGUUAUUGUUAUUCACACUAACGAGACUGUGGAGCGCUCUAUCAUGCUAUCAGGUCCCAAAUGUAUGCUCUGUAACGGGUCUAAGAAAACGGAUUUAAAGUGCGGGCAGUCCUUCGACAUCGGCAAACACUACAAGUUCAUCUUCAAAGAAGCUAUUGAUAAUGAUGUUCCUUCUCCAGAGAUAGGAUCACCAGAUACACAGAGGACUCUCUCUACAGGCACCCUUACCUCCCUCUCCCCGGAACUCAAUAACAUGAGCACUAUUAUACACCAACACGCUGAGCCCCGCUUUAUAUUCUACAUGGAACACAGACAAGUACUACUAGACAGUAUCCUGGACUACGACACUCUCUGCAACAAGAACGUGCUAGCGUGCGCGCGGCUCACUAUCAUGAGUCUACGUCACGCGUUCGAGCACUUCACACCUGCUGAAAUGACAGAGUUACUCGAGUAUAGUAGAGAUAGAAUAGAACUGCUGGCUAAAGUGGUGCAGCAGAAAGCUGCUGAGCUCCUCAAUACUUGCAAUCCUAAUCAGAAAAAGAGUGCUACAAGUUUCCUGAAGCCGAUGGUUAAGCUGCUCUCCAGCACACUAGAGAUAGUACACUACUUAAGAGAGAACCCUCUUCUAACAGAUGAUAAGAUAGUGAACGAGAUAGAGAAACUAGCUGUUCCCAUGUACGAGCACAUUGCUUAUCACUCAGCUAAGAUGGUAUACGAGCUGCUGCCUAGUAUCCUAGACCCGGUCCCCCUCCUCCCACCCUCUAAGCCCUCUACAGAGGUCCCCAGUGACGGAGUCCCUGUCUCUACUAGUGGCUCCUGUCAGGACGCUCCUGUUUCUUCUAGUGUUCUCUCUUCUGUUGAGGAGGACGCGCCUGUAAAGGAGGAAAUACCUUCUUCUCCUCCUCCGACUGAACGGGAGAAGAGGAGAUGGAGUGUGCCCUACCUAGCUCCCACGCGCAAGCGCAAGAUGACGAAGGACAGGCCGCGCAGCGAGAGUCUGACGGGCACAGAGCGGCAGUUGUUGGGCGCGACACGCAGCAGUCCGGCCGGUGGUGCUAGUCUAAGUGCGGACGAGAUUACUGAUAUCAUCAUGCAGAACGCGGUAAAGUUUUCAGGAAACCCGAACAGCCCAGGCUGCAGACGAAAUACCGCUCGACAGAAUCUGACUAACAUCGGGCCCGGAGUUAAAGUCUUGGUUCAGUUGCUCCAGAAGUUUCACACUUUGAGUAAUAACUGUAAGCUGAACAGCGCCAUGGUGAAGCAGUUGUUUGUCUCGAUAUUCUACUUUUCUAAUACCACACUGUUUAACACUAUCAUCGAAUCUCCUCAAUUAUAUUUCAACUGGAACAAAGGUAUACAGAUGAGGAUACACCUAGAUUACGUGUUACGCUGGACUCACCACGUGCAACUCUCCCACACUUCAAAUAUGUAUUUCCGCGAACUUCACCAACUGUUAGAUCUUCUCUCGCUCCCUAAACGAGAUCUGUUAGCUUCCACCUGGGCCGCUUUAUCUAAAACAUUCCCCAACUUGUCACCAGCGCAACUUAACCACGUUUUAUCAAACCACAGUGUCAGUCAGAAACCGAGGAUCUGGAAGCCUUGUCCUCCCCUAUCCCUGACAACUGACUCCAGCAUCAGGAUAGAGUUAACUUCGUACCCUCAGCUUGUUAUUCCAAAUAGAGGCUACAAAUUAGCCAACUUCUCCGAGAUUCCGGACAACUUGAGGCCAACUCUGGCUAAGUUAACAAAGAGCAUUGUUUCCAUGUCUCAAACGAAACGUAGUCCCGUACAAGCUAACACAUUACAAGCUAACACAUUUAAGUGCUCCCUUCAGAAAAACGACUCCAAAUCUAUUGGAUUAAAAUUAAAGAAAAACUCUCAAGGAAAUAUCCGUGUCAGUGACAUUGUGUUAAAUUCACCCGCUCAGCUCAGUGGAGAAAUAGAGUGCGAGGACGAAAUCCUCCAAAUAAACAAUACCCCAGUUUCUGGAAACAGCGUCGCUUUUUGUAAACGAAUAAUCAUGAACAGCGAGGAUAAUGUCCAACUUCUACUGGGCAGGACUAAAUUAUAGUUUGUAGGACAGGAUAGGUUACUAUAGAUUACUUUCUAUGGUUUGUUUAUAAUUGUUUAUAGGUUACUUUUAAUUUUAUAUUUCGUUUUCUGAAUUUGAUUUCAAGAUAAAAGACACUUCUGUUGUGAUUGCUGAUCAGUCUUUAAACGAGGCUACGAUUAACAAUUUUAUUACAUUUAAACAGUUUUUAUUGCAACACUUUUGGGCUAAACAGUCCCAACUGGAACAUGGUUAAUAAUAUUAAAUUGAGUACAAUCUGAAAUAUGCGUCAAUAAGUAGACUCCUUCAAAUCAUGCUUAACGUUUAAAUUCACGAUACAAUCAACCACUUUGUAUAUAUUACACGUCGUGAUUAUGAAAUUUAAAAUAUUUACAAAUUGGACAAAUUUGUUAAUUGACUUGUAGGUUUUAUUGACUAUUGAGCAUGUUAUUACUCGUUAAACCAACUAAUAGUACUAUUGAUUUGUGUUAAGUUUUACCUUUCUUAUUAGUGGAUUCAAUUCUAUUUCUAAAAUUGAUGAAUAACAGUGAUUGAUGAAUAACAGUGAUGUUUAUUUUAAACUUAUUUUUAUAAGUUUUGUUAAGAAUUGAGGUUUGAACGAACAUAAAAAGUCUAUUAUUUGUGUUUAGAAACUUUGGUCAGCUUUUUCCAUGGAACCUCAUAUGGGCAGGCAAAUUAUUUCAGACUGGCAAUAGGAAACGUCUGUCAAUUCCACAUGAUUUUCACUUUCGCGAGACAAAUAAUUACAAUGAUUACCAGUGUCGCAGAAGUAUAGUAUUUCAAAUUUUGUGAUC